AACACACACACACUUGCUGAGAACUUCUCUUACUCACUGUGUGUAUGUGAAAGAGAGAGAGAGAGAGAGAGCCGACAAUGGCGGGAUUGAAUAUAUUAUCUCAGACUCCGUCGCCAUGGCAGCUGCCAGCUUCCUCCACAUCAUCAUCAUUAUCAUAUUCUUUACGAUUUCCACAUUUUUAUGAUUUUAAUAAUAUUUACAAUUGCGGCGAUUUCAAAUGCUGGAAAAUCGGGUCGACAAAUUCUCCCCUUUCUGGAAACCCAAGAGCAAAGCGUCCAACUUUAUCCUCUCAAAUGUUGCCUCACCUCUCCAAUUCAUCAGGCAGUGGAUAUUCAUGGAUGCAAGAUAAAUCUGCUUCUUGUGAUAAUUUUUCCCCUAAUGGAAGGAAGCAAGGUCCAUUGAACGCUGUGUCUUCAAAAGAAAUAGCACAAGUUUCUUCUGUGGACGAUCUUUAUGAAUUCAUAUGCUCAGGCCCCCUCAUCAGUAAGAUAGGUCUGACGUCGGAAAAGGUGGCUGAGUCCAUUGACAAGUGGAUAGAGUAUGGGUUACGGCUUUGUAGAUUGUUUCAGCUCAACCAGUUGUCUCUCAACGAGGCCCAAAAAAUUCGAAUCUACCACUACUAUAUUCCAGUCUUCUUGUGGUGUGAACAGGAAAUUUCACAGCAUAGUUCCAAGUUCAAAGAAGAAGAAGAAAUCCCUCCAUUGGUGAUUGGCUUCAGUGCGCCUCAAGGAUGUGGAAAGACAACGCUAGUAUUCGCAUUAGAAUAUCUUUUUAAAAUCACUGGGAGGAGAGCUGCUACAAUAUCCAUUGAUGAUUUUUACUUAACAGCAGAAGAACAGGCGAAAUUAAGAGACAGCAACCCAGGGAACUUGCUUUUGGAGUUUCGUGGAAAUGCUGGAAGCCAUGAUCUUCCAUUGUCUGUUGAGACACUGACAGCACUAAGUAAAUUGACGAAAGAAGGUGUGAAGAUGAAGCUUCCUAGAUAUGAUAAAUCUGCUUACAGUGGUAGAGGUGACAGAGCUGAUCCCUCCGAAUGGCCAGAGGUUGAAGGGCCUCUACCGGUAAUUCUGUUUGAAGGUUGGAUGCUUGGUUUCAAACCCCUUCCACCUGAAGUUGUCAAAGCUGUUAAUCCACAGCUAGAGACGGUCAACAAGAACUUAGAAACUUAUUAUGAUGCAUGGCAUAAGUUUGUCAAGUCAUGGAUUGUCAUCAAGAUUCAAGACCCUAGUUAUGUCUACCAAUGGCGUUUGCAGGCGGAGAUUGCAAUGAGGGCUGACGGGAAGGCUGGGAUGACUGAUGAGGAGGUGAAGGACUUUGUAUCCCGCUACUUGCCAGCAUACAAGGCUUAUCUUCCCACACUGUACUCAGAAGGACCUUCUGGCUCAGAUCCGGAGCAUGUUCUUCUCAUUGAUAUUGAUGAAGGGAGAAAUCCCAUCCUCGGUUGCUAAGGUAAAUCUGCAGUAAUGGAGUUACUUUUGAUCCUUGAUAGAUUAUUAAGCAAAGAUCAUAAUAAUCUUCGCAAGCAUCAUUUCCUCCUGAGAAUGUCUUCAAUUGUACAUUCAAAUGUACUACUGUAAAUUAAGCCACAUGUGAAGGUAAAAUGUUUGAACAAAAUUUUGCUCGAGUU